ACUGACCGUUCCGUUCAUCAUGUCAUUCUGGGCCGUCAGUCGCGGUUUGACGCCGCCGUCAAAGGUGUCGCCCAUGCUGAAUCCGAAUCAGCGCCAAUUCCUGGAGGAUGAGAUGCGCUACCGCGAGAAAUUGAAGCUAAUGGCACGGGGCGAUGCCAUGGACGAGGUGUACGUGCGCAAGCAGGAGACGGUCGACGAUCCGCUGGAGCUGGACAGGCACGACUCGUUCUACCAGACCACCAAGAGUCUGCUGGUGCUGUUCCAGAUAAUGGGCGUGAUGCCCAUCCAUCGCAAUCCGCCGGUGAAGAAUCUGCCGCGCACCGGCUACUCCUGGGGCUCCAAGCAAGUGAUGUGGGCCAUCUUCAUCUACAGCUGCCAGACGACGGUGGUGGUGCUGGUGCUGCGGGAGCGCGUCAAGAAGUUCGUGACCAGCCCGGACAAGCGCUUCGACGAGGCCAUCUACAACGUGAUCUUCAUCAGUCUGCUGUUCACCAACUUUCUGCUGCCGGUGGCCAGCUGGCGGCACGGCCCCCAGGUGGCCAUUUUCAAGAACAUGUGGACCAACUACCAGUACAAGUUCUUCAAGACGACGGGCAGCCCGAUUGUCUUUCCCAAUCUGUAUCCGCUCACCUGGACGCUGUGCAUCUUCUCGUGGGUGCUGAGCAUCGCCAUCAAUCUGUCGCAGUACUUCCUGCAGCCGGACUUUCGGCUGUGGUACACCUUCGCCUACUAUCCCAUCAUUGCGAUGCUGAACUGCUUCUGCAGCCUGUGGUACAUCAAUUGCAAUGCCUUCGGCACCGCCAGUCGCGCCCUCUCCGACGCCCUGCAGACCACCAUUCGGGGCGAGAAGCCCGCCCAGAAGCUGACGGAAUAUCGCCACCUGUGGGUCGAUCUCUGGGCUUAA